AUGGACUCAAAGCCGUAUCCUCAACCAGCUGCUGGCUUCGAGAGUCAUACUCCGUUUUGGCGUACAUCACCCCAUAAACUGGAUACUCACAGGUCCACUCCUAAUUUACCAUCUGAGUGUGAACUCUUGAUCAUUGGUGGAGGGUACUCUGGUGCUUCUGUUGCAUAUCAUCUAUUCCAGGGGAAUGAGACACCACCAAACACGGUCCUGCUCGAGGCUAGACAGCUGUGCUCUGGGGCGACAGGAAGAAAUGCUGGCCAUCUUCGACCUGAGAUGUACGGCCAUGCAUCUAAAUUCAUUUCUCGCCAUGGUGUGGAAGCAGCAGCUGAAAUAGUCAAAUACGAAAUAUCCCAUCUCCAGAUCCUAGCAGAUGUGAUUGAACGAGAGAAGAUAGACUGUGAUUUUACCUUGACCAGGUCAAUAGACGUCUAUUUUGAUCAAGAUGCGAUGGACAAAGUCCUCCGUGGUGUUGAACCCUUGUUAUCUGACUCCUAUCAACAUGGCAAGUAUGCUUUUAUGAAGGACGCUGUGAUUCUAUUUCCGACAGCAGAACAACCUAUAUCGGAGGAUGAUCUCAUGAAAACUAAGGUGAAGGGAGCAAAAGGGUACGUCUCUUUCCAAGCAGGCCAUAUCUGGCCGUAUAAGUUUAUAUCCGGGUUGUUGGAAAUUGCUGUCUCCAAGGGAUUGAAUCUUCAAACAAACACUCCAGUGCUGGAAAUCAGUCCCGGUCGGGAUGCGGAAGGAUUCUGGAAGAUCACAACUGGUAAUAAUAGAGGGACCAUACGUGCAAAGAAGAUUAUUCUAGCGUCGAAUGCGUAUACAUCUGCGUUGGCUCCAGAGUACGCAAAGGCAAUUAUUCCCUGCAAAGGUUUAUGCUGCCAUAUCGUGGUACCCCCUGCGGAAGAUGGGAAGAAAAGACCACCACCACUAGAAAACACAUAUGUUACUCGUCAUGGUUCCGGAGCAGGAGGGUAUCUCAUCCCACGCCCAGACGGGAGUAUGAUUGUUGGCGGAGCAAGUCACACAUUUACUCCCUUGCUGGACCAAUGGCAUAACAAUCCGGAUGAUGGGGCCUUGAUAGAUAUUGCUAAGGAGUAUUUUGAUGGGUAUAUGCAACGGUCCUUCAUCGGCUGGGAAGAUAGCGGUGCAUAUUCUAAGGAAGUCUGGACUGGUGGUAAGCCAUUCCCCCCGGUUUUUCCCUUCAAUGGACUUGAUUUGCAAUUAGUUGAUACUAAUAGAACUGGUUGUUCAGUAAUGGGGUAUUCCGCAGAUUCCUUGCCCCAUAUUGGCAAAGUACCCUCAAAAGAUGGCCAGCUGAUUCUUGCUGGGUUCAAUGGUCAUGGAAUGCCAGUAUGUUUCUUAGCAGGAAAGGCGGUUGCAGCGAUGGCUCUGGACGACAGCGUCGCCUUUGAAGACACAGGCUUGCCUUGGGUUUAUAAGACGACUAUUGAUCGCUUACAACCGAAGUAUAAUGAUACUCUACAACCGUGA